AUGAAAGCAAUGUCGACGCCCGGGCUCAAACCCAUCAUCUUCUAUGACAUUCCUAGUGUCGUGCAAGGUCAACCAUGGUCUCCAAAUACGAUGAAAACAAGGCAUUUCCUCUUGAUCAUUAAAUUGUCAUGUCAUAGAUAUUGUCUCACCUUCAAGAGUCUGCCCUUCGAGACCGUCUGGCUCGAGUUCUCGAAGAUCAAGUCCCUUUACGAGCAGAAUUCUCUUGCACCUACCGCCUUGCGGGCAAUGAAGGGAACCCCAACGCCCGUGCACACGCUCCCUGUGAUUAUGGACCCCAAUACGAACAGAUUCAUUUCAGACUCCUUUGCGAUCGCACAGUACCUUGACGAGCAAUACCCCGAUACACCGAAAGUUCUGCCUUAUGGCACGGCCGCGCUGGUCCAUGUAUUUGACACCGCAUUCCUCAACGCAACAAGGGGCACCAUCAUGAUGGCCACUGUGAAAGGCGCUCAGAAGCUUAAUCCCGAUUGCAGGGAGUUUUAUAUUCGCACUCGGGUGGAGCGGUUCGGCGUUCCAUGGGAGCAGUUUGCAUUACCUGAAAAGAGAGAGGAACAGUGGAAUGUAUUGGUGGCUGCAUGCAAUACCGUGGACGGGUGGUAUACGAAGAGUAGCGGUCAAUUUAUAUUGGGCGAUACACCGUGUUUUGCUGACUUCGCGGUUGCGGGACGCUUCAAGUGGAUGCAGUAUUGCUUUGAGAAGCAGGAGUGGGACGAAGUUAAGAGCUGGAACGGAGGGAGAUGGGGAAAACUGGUGGAGGCAACUGACGAGUAUCUUGAUUGUUCAAAGUAG